AUGGAAAAAGAAGAAAAAUUGAACCGUUCUUUGUCCCCUCCUAAAACUUGUAGAAAUUAUUCAACCACUUCCUCAAAUAGUAAAACAAGGUCAUCCUCAACAAAACAUAGCCACAACAUUUCAUCCUUCGAUAAUUCAUUGUUGUCUUCCAAGAAGAGUAUUGUUAGUAAUUCUUCUUUGAAGAGUAGUAACAGCACUUGGAAUAAGACUAUCUCUGAUUUAGUUGAUACUGCUGAAAUUGGAUGGGGAGUAAAAAAACAAGAAAAUGAAGAAGAAGAAUUUUCAUUGGAUCUUGGACAAUUAACUUCUAAAUAUAAUAAGAAGAGUAUCAUACAAAGCGAGUUUUAUGAUAAUUCUCAUUUUGAGGGAUUCCUUACACAUAGACGAGCUCCACCUUCUCUCUGCACAUCACUUAAAUCAAAUAACCCAUCGAGAAAUCACAAAAAGACAAAAAAGAGAAAGGAUUUAAUUUUUGAUUAA